UUCACAUGCCCAACAUUUCUUCUAAGUUAAGUCAAAUACCUCAAAUAAAUUUAAAAUAAUAAUAAUAAAAAAAACCUUCCGGAGAAAAUGGCUAGUUCCUAAAAUCACCUUUCUCUCAUUCAAAUCGAUCUCUCUAGCCACUAGCGAAAAAUGUUGACAAGGACUCCUACCGAUAAUCCCAUCUAGGCUUUCUACACCCAACAAAUCUAUCCCGCUCAACCCUGCACAUACUAGAAAAUCCUUUCUAUAGCAGUUUCAUCAAGUUUUCAGUUUAAACCUCGAGGAACACACAACAUUAAAAUCUUCUUUCCCCCUUUUUUUUUAUGUCUUCCAGCAAGAAAAAUCUGUUGAAAACCCUGUUAACAGCUAAUGCAGGAUCAUGUGGCUGUGGCAGGCCAAAACUUUCUGAUGUUUAUGAACCAAAACCGAAAUCCAAAAUUUCUGCAAUCCAAAAUCCCAAACUUCCCUCUUCUUCAGCUUGUUAUGACAAAAGCAAUGCCCUGUCAGCAAUGGAAAAUGAUGACCUGACAUCCACUUCCUUCUCUUUCAACAUUGAUACAACAUCAUCCACUCUCAACUCUGAAUCUGAACCUGAUCUUCCAAGACCCUCCAAAGUUAUGUUCAGCCCUUGUCCUAAAAUCAUCGACAGCAUCGCUGUGGUGAAGGAUUCCAACGACCCAUUCCAAGAUUUUCGACAAUCCAUGCUGCAAAUGAUCAUGGAAAAAGAAAUCUACUCGAAAGAUGAUCUUCAGGAGCUUCUGCGAUGCUUUCUGGAGCUGAAUUCUCCAUGUCACCACGACGUUAUCGUCAAGGCGUUCACGGAGAUCUGGAAUCAGGUUACCUCCAAGGAGAUUGCUACAGUAAGGGAGGAACCAUGUGUUGUUGUUCAUGGAAAGAAACAUGGAUCCUAGCUAAGAGCUAGCUAAGCGUUUAGCACGUGUGGAGAGGACACACCAUGUGAAUACAUUGAAUUCGCUCGAGUGAAACUGCAUGGCGGUUGGUCAAAUUCUGGGUGCUAUGUGGUAAAGAAAAGAUAGUCCAUAUAUGUACUAGUAAGAUUUUUGCAUAUAACCUUCAAAAUAAUGUGUUAAUAGGAAGAGAGAUUUUCUUUUUGUUUCAAUUUAAUAAAUAAGCAAAUUUAAAACGAA